CACCUAUGGUGGGGAAGCACACAACACCAAGUCAGUUAGCAAAGAAGACAUGUUGGGUCGUUUGAGUCAAGUUACCCGCGCUGUGAAGCCCGCUGCCGCCGCCGGCCAAACCCGCGGCAUGGCAUCGCAUGGUCCUCCUCCUACCUACACUGGUUUGGAAGCCACUAUCCGCGCCAAGCUCCCUAACGACCACGACAUCGUGUUGGCCACCCUCGGCUUCUACACCGUGCUCACUGCUCCUCUCUGGUUCCCUACCGGCAAGAAGGCCAAGGUGGAAGAACCCGCCGCUUCCCCUGCCGCUGACGUGAAUGCGUCCACGGAAAUCCCUUCGCUCUUCGACGACAACUUCGACGAAUGGUCCAAGGUCCCCGGCAACUUUGCCAAGUGGGAAAAGAGCUUGGACACCGUCGGCAACUAAGUCUUAUAACGUCUGUGCACUGCCAGAAUAUACUUGACCGUCCUAGUUCGACCCACCAGUCGAAUGGACGCUAUUCCUAA